UGAGUUGUUAGACUUGUGGAUAACAUUUUGUCGUCCAAUUCGACGAAAAGAGCCUUAAUCAGGCUUCAUUAUGGAUACUUCAGACUCUUUGAUCGACCCUGAAGCUGAAGUUCGAAAGCUCCAGGACCUUGUGAAGAAAUUAGAACACCAAAAUGAACUUCUUCGGAGUAAACAGAAGCUGCAGUUGGACCCCCUUCAGAAUGGAGAUACUGAUCGGUCUGACAGAUUGAUUAAAAACGUGAACAAUAAUUUACCGGAUGCACGUGUAGAGGGCAAGAACCGUGGACAGAGAAUACCUUCGACGUGUUCACAGGAUGAACAUGACAUUAUUGACUUAGAUAGUUUGUCGUUAAAAGAUGAAGAAGACAGUUGGCUUUAUUCAUCUCCCAAGAAACCACCCACACCUAUGCAGUCAAGGGUCAGCCCAAUUACAUGGGUUCGACAAGAUUUUGAUAAACCCAGUCCCGAAAUAGUUUCAGCCAGGAAAACAUUAGCAUAUAAACUGGAAGAAGUUGCCAGAGGAAUGGGUAGAAGUCCAAGUACACCAGCUUUUAGCUUAAAUCGUUCAUACACGGAUACAAGUAGCAAAGGCAAUAGGAUGUCAUUGUCAGCUCCAGUACCUGCGACACAUGGCACACCUCAACAGCCGGGGAAAUCUGGUCAUUAUGGUGGUUUAGGUUCUAGAGUAGACACAAGCACCUUUACACGACCCAAAAAGAACCGAGACAGUGGAGGUGCCAGAAGUAGGACAACAGAGCCUCGAGAAGAUGUCCCUAAUGUCUCAGAUAUACAAAACCUUGCAAAGAUGCAGGAAGAAAGUUUAAGGCAAAGUUUAAAUUCACCAUUAGGAUCCCCAAGAAAGGCAAUGAAACAGCGGCAGUUACCUCAGAUGGUCGCCGUAAGUAGUAAUGACGUGGAAAAUAGCUGUUCCCCCCAUAGCUCCAACAGAUCUAGUCCUGGCAGAUUUGAAGUUUCGGACCCUGGUCACCCUAGGCGACAGAGUGGCAGUAUGAUGUCCUCAGGGUCACAGGACAGUGUUAACAGUCCACCAGACAGCCCCUAUGGUAGUCAGUACCUACAGGGCAAUCAGCCACAUGGUCGUUCAGAAACAACACGUAGAAGCCUUCCCAACCUAAGUAAAAGUAAUGGUAUGCCAAACCGGCUGCACCGCAGUGACCCCAGUAUAGACGAUGGGUCUGUGGAGGAUGAUGAUGGGGCUGGGUCCGUAGACUCCAAGCUGGGGGGUAGGGCUCAGCCCACCUCAUCAGGCAGGGCCUCUUCCCCCUCCAUGUCAGGCCUUAAGCAGCCCAUGAUGGUGCGCAGAGCUAUGUCCCCUCAGCGCAGUGGUCUUCCAACACCUAACAGGAGCGGUAUUCCCCGGCCAGCCAGCGCCGCAGGAGGACGAUCAUCGCUGCCUACCCCAACCAGGAGAUCUGGAAUACCCUCUCCCAGAACCGUUGGCAGAAGUCAUACCCCAAUAGAUAAUUUCACCGACUCAGAUGAAAGCUGGAAGGAGGGCUGCUUCUAAAUCAACCAGUUAAAUCUGUGACAAAUUUGGGACAGAUGAAGUGAACUAUUUAUGCUGACAGUUGAUUCUGUUUAGUUGUCACCAACACUAUUUAUUUUUCAAGUUUUGAAGCCAACUCGAUUUGCUAUUUCUGUCAUCCUCAUUUCGGAAGGCAUGGAAUAGCUUCUGAAAGUGUAAGAGCUCAAAUCGAGUGGACAGAAGAUAUAUUCUGGAAGAAGACAAAUUGGGUUGAUUGCUACCAGUAAUGAUGAAACUGCCCGUGAAGUUAGCUUUGUACUUUUUUUUUUUAUUUUAUUUGGAACUGUGUAUACAAAUUAUAGCACAUUUUGAGACUUGUAGACUUGCCAGUUAGAUGACUUAUCAUCAGCAUGACAUCACAGUUAACCUGCCUGGUGGAGGUUUUGAUUUAUUGCCCCGCAGUCAUCAUUGACUCUCCGCCGAAUUGUGACAUAAUCAGGACUCCGUGAAUUGGUUAAGUAAGAAUAAUUUCUGUUUUGGGAUGAAUGGAAAAUAUUUGUGUGAAUUACAAACCAUUUUCACAUUUAUAACAUUCAUGUAUGAGAGCAUACACAGUGUAUUCAUAAGGAGGUGGACAAUUUAAAGAAACAAAUUCUUGUUUUGGUCCAGCUGUUUCUGUUUUCUGUGGAGAUGCUCUGACUGCAGCCAGUACACUAGUGUUGUGAUCAUAUAUUUAAGAACUUUUGUUGAAAAGUUAUUCCAAAGGGAGAUAAGCAUGAAUGCUCAUGAACCAAACUGUGAAAUGGUUUUUUAUUAUUAUUAUGAACUGUUCCAGUGAUAAGGAAACAGUCAUCGCUUACAUUGCUAUCAUAAAAACAAUCUUUGCUCAUUAGCUGUUCUAAAAGUAACAAGUGUCUGUGUGUUAUGCCGAGAAAAACUGUACUGAGCCCCUGUUUAAGAGGUUAUGCCCAAGAUUUUUGGCAAAAAAUCCAUGCUUGCUGUAUUUUCCAUGAGUAGCUUAAACUAUUGCCUUUCAGUAAAUAUCAGGCUCAGGCCUGAAAUCUUUACAGUUUUUGAAGGAUUCUAAAGUUGAAAGCAGUUAUAGUGUGACUUGCUUUAUAAUUUAUAAGAACUUUGAUUGGAUAUGCACUGAUGGAUGUUUUCCUAAAAAUCAUUGGUAUAGCCUCUUAAAAGAAACAGCCUUUCUUACCAGAAUGUGUGUACACUCCGAAGUAAUUCUCUGUCAAUGGGUAGAUAGUAUCCUGGUUUAACCCCUACAUGGCGGUAAUGGUGCGACUGAAUUUUUUCUUAUGUAGGUGUUGUGUUACACAGAUUUACCAUACCCUAAAUCCUCAAUAAAUUUGAUAGCAAGACAUAGUGCAUUUUUUAGGCUUAUAGUUUUGUGUAUUUAUAGAGGCAUGUUGUAUCACAUGGACAGACUGUUGUAUAAUUUCUGUGAAAUUUGUAUGUGAAGUUCCACAUGUAGAUGAACAAAACAAUUUAGUCCUCAAAAUGUUAUGAAUUAUGUUGUCAAAUAGCAUCUAAAGUUGUAUGUUGGCCGAAUUUAUUGAGGAUUUAGGUACAUGUAAUUAAAUGUAGAUCAUUACUGUAUCUUACAUGUACAUGUAUAAUGUUUGCAUUGUGUGAUUAACCAACCUUCUUUCAGCUUGUAAAAGGCAGCAUACAAAAAAAAUAUGUCUGUGGCAACAUAUAAGCUUGUUAGAUUAUGUCUGAUUACAAGCUGGCCAAGUUUGUAUAACAUAUGAUGUCAUCACUCCUGAAGAACACUGGUGUGUCCACCAUAUUGGAGGAAUAUUAACUUGGACUAGCAUAGCAGCCCUUCUCCAAUAUGGCAGCCAAACCUUCUGUUAUAAAAUUUCAGUUUGGAUUGUCCGUAAGUUAUGGGAAUUCCGGUGUGUGUGAAUGUAUCAUGCACAAGUUUGACCCAAGCCCUUCCCACCAAUACUGUGAUUUGGAAACUGAUAAUAUUUUGGCUUUAUACACUGUUUGUCAAAUCUUCCAGGCUGUCAUCCACAAGCUACUUGUGUGUACGUUAGACAUAUAAGCUAAUGUUACAAUUUCAUCUAAGCCAUAUCUAUUUUUUAUGAAGAGGAUACUGAGCUAUGUGCUGAAACAGAAAGUUGUGGGAAAAAUUACCCUCAUGAUGAAGGCCUUAUGUUUCGUCAUGAAAUCUCCAAAUAUUGUUUCUUGUAUGAACAGUUUCGCACUGGAGAUUUUCCUACAGGCCUUGUUGGGAAAGGCCGGCUAUACAUUGACUACCAGCAUUAUUAUUCCCUUCUCACUUCAGCAGUACAUUCACCUGUUGACUAGCAAGAAAACCGACGGGCCUAAAUGUUGGUAUAAUUUGUUUAUUACUAAACAAUUGCCUUAAUUGUGGGAAAAUUUGUUAUCUGUAGAGGAUAUAAUGUAGUUUGAAAUUAGUUGACAUCAGCAAUCGAUGUUACUUCAAACAUUAAAAUUUGUAGAUUUCCUAAAACACGUGAAGAAAACUUCUUAUUUCAGAAUCUGUAAAUAAAAUCUUCAUUUAUGAUGAAGUAUUAAUUGUUUGGGUUGACCAUCCAUAAAUCAUAGAUUAUUGGAGAGUGUAUGAUAAUAUAUGGAUGUAUAUACGUUCAUAUACAGUAUCUUUCUGAGCAGUCAGAGGUACAGCUUUUGCUUUAUUUUUGCCCAUUACCUUAUAAACGUAUCUCCCAGUAGUAUAACACACGAAGUUUAUAACACCACACACUAAUUAUUUAUCUACUGACUUCAUCCCAGGACAAUGUGUCCUGGGUGAAAAAAUAGGUUUCUGUUCAUCAUCAGUGAUGUGGCAUGGAGUUAUAUCGGGUUAAUGCCUCUUUGGGCAUGUCUAGUCUUGAAAGGCUGAAAGAGUACUGAUGUGCAUUGGUACUGUGCUGGGUGCUUCGUAAGAGUGGCGUGACAAUUAGACAGGUGUAUAUACUGUAGUAUACUAACAGCCGGACUAUAUUUUUCACACGUCUCAGAAUUGUAGAAAUUACUCAUCAAACAUCACUUUGUACAAAGUUUUCAUAUUUAAUUUUUUUUUUGUCUUUCUUUUUUUGUCAUUUCCCUUCUGUACAUGCAUGUUCUAGAUUACAGACUAACCCGUAUCACCCUUAGUUAGGGGUUUUCAGCUGUUGUAGAAUUCUGAUAACAUUGUGCCAUUAGUCUUUUGACACCAUACAGAUUACUUAUUUUUACAUGGGUGUUGUGGUUUUCCAAGAAGAAUAGCUAGUGCGUCUACCAAGAUGAUAAAGUUUGCCGUUGCUUGAAGAAUAACUGUGUGAAUGAUCUUUGUCAUCUUCAGUUUGUUCAGUUGAUGGUACAUUCGGAUUUGCCAGUAACGAAUCCACCACUGGAAUGUCUCCGGGUAUAUAUAAGCAGAUAUCUGGAGACGAGUUCACUCAUUCUUGUUUAUAUUUCAUUAUAUUUUGGAUUCUCACUUAUGUUUAAGCUUACCAUUUUGUUCAUUUUAGGUACCAGUGAAGGGAAGCUGACGUUACAGAAAACUAGGGGUUGUCUUUGCUUAAUAAAUGCACGUAUAUGUCUCCAUUCGUAUGGUUAAGAUGGGGAAAGGGCUUCUCUCUCUCUUUGCCUACAGGUGACUUACACCUGCAGCCACGUUGGAUCUCCACAAUUCAAUGGUUCGGUGCACACAGUGAAAGGCACACUCAUUGAGAGGACAUGAAAUUCUUUUGUUAGAGAUCCAAUAUGGCCGCAAGUGCAAGCCACCUGUGGUAUUAAUGGCAUAGCCCAUGUGUCCUGAAUUGUCUUUUUGUAUCCAAGCACAUGUCCCGUUUGGUUACCCUGUUACCAUCUUUGUGGAAAUAUCCCACUAUACUGAUAUCUAAGGUAUCUGUUUUAAUGAUAUUUCAAUGACAUGUUUAGUUGCAUCUGGUAUUUUUUAUUACAUUAUUUUAUAACAAGUAUGAUAUCUGUCUGUAUUCUGUUCUUUUUCUCUCUCUUUUUUGUUAAGUUCUGUCAUAUGAUCUCAUAUGAGCUUAGGGUUAUGAACAUACAUGUACUUGUGUGCAAUAACCUUUGAUCUGGAGAGGAUCAAAUGUCCGCUACAGCUGUGGCCGUCUGUCAUAUUCACUGUGAAUAUCGCUAACAUGGAAAAUAAACUACAGCA